CGAAUAAUCAUCAUCAGCAAGGGGAGACCAAAACCCAAACAAUCAAGUGUCAAGAGGGUUGAGGGGAAGAGCCCUUCAAGUUAAUAGGAGGAACGAGGCGUGAGAUAGGAGUGGUGGAAUCUGUGGUGUGACAUGAGGUGUAGGGGUGAGCUGAGGUGUUUUGCAGCCACGCCACUUACUAUAUAGCGGCUUUUUUUUCUCUAGUAUUUUACGUGUUUAAUUAUUUAUCUUUUUAGUACAAGAGUGCAGUUCAAGCCUUGUGUUGCAGGCGCUGGUGUGGAGGAUGGAGAGGGACAGCCUUCUGCAAGAUUAUGAAGACACUGUGCAGAAGCAGGCUGUUCUUUUAACUCGGCAGCAGGCCACCAUAGACAGCCUGCAUGAGGAAGCAGCAGAGCAGCAGCACAGAGCUGAGGUGAGCGGGAAACAGCUGCAGUCCCGGCUUGAGUCCCUCCAGCAGCAGGUGAAGGCAGCUGUUCUCCAGGAUGCUGCAGAGGAAAUCAUCCUCUUGAAGCAAGAGCUGGAGACUUCCCUGAAGGAGAAGGAAGCCAGCCAGGCAGAGAGCCGCAGACAAGGCCUGGAGGUGCAGCGGCUCCACCAGGCACUGCUGGCAUCCCAGGGCUCUCAUGUGGCUUCCAAAGAGUCUGAGGAAUACAUGAAGGCAAUAGAUGCUCUGGAGGAGGAAACACAGAGGCUGAGGGCUCAGGCAGCUGCAGCGGAAGAAGAGAAGAUGGUCAUUCUCAAGUCAAAUCGUGACCUAAAGAAGGAGAUUGCAUCUCUUGAGACUCGGCUGGACCAGGAGCACCAGGCAGCCCAGGUGCUGAAGUCACUGGUGGAGGAGAAGGAGGCCAGUGCACGGGAGGUUAGCAACUCCUUCAAUGGCCUCAAUAAAAAGUUUGUGGAGCAGAGUGAGGAUCUUCGUCUGCUCCUGGCACAAGUUCAAAGCCUGAAGGCAAAUAGGGACCACUUGGCCAAGGUUUUGGUCAGUGUGAAGGAGAAACUAAAGGAGGCACAGACCCGGGUAGCUGAAAGUGUGCGCAUAGCUGAGGACUCUCUUGUAGAAAAAGAUGCUGCCCUUCUGCGAGAGAAGCAUGCAUUAAAUGAGGUGCGUAGACUGGAGGGGACUGUGGCCUCCCUGACAGAGGAAGCUGGGAGGAGAGCUCAGGCUGAGGUGACUAAGGUGAAGCAUGACUACAACACCAACAUUAAGAAGAUGUCACAGGAAGUGGCAAAGCUUGAGAUGUCUCUGAGUGAGAAGCAGCUGGAUUAUGAUCGUGCUCAGAGAGACCUGAAGAAGGUGAUGGAGGAGGCAGAGCAACUACAGGAGGAAGUGACUCAGAGGAAGGAGCAGCAUCGCCUGGAAACUCUGAAUCUUCACCAGCGCAUCAGCUCCCUUGAGGCACAGCUUGCCUCCCUCAUGGCUGAAAGAGAUAGCAUGUCAUCUCUUGGGCUGCAGAAUGUUAAAGAGAUUGAAGAGCAGAGGAAGGACCUUUUGGAGAGAAUUACUGAGCUGGAAGAAAGACUGAGUAAAGCAAGAAGUGAGUCUGCUAGGGCAAGGUUGGAAGGUGAGGAAGCCAAGAGGAACUUAGUUAAGGUCACCACUCAGUUAGAGAAACUACAAGAGGAGAGCAGCAGAAGCCACAAAUUUCUAAAGAAACAGUUGCGACUGAAGAUGGAGGAAGUGGAGGAGCUGACAUCAGGUGCUGAGGGUCGACUGGAGGCCUCGGAAAACACACACCGAGAGGCUCUGACACAGUGCUACCAGAGUGCUGCGGUCAUUCAGGAAAGCUACUCCAGGUUACAGGCUCAGAUGAGGGACCAGAAGAGAGACUAUGAACAGAGAGUGUCUGAGCUAAACCAGCACUUACAGGAAGCUCAGAGCCAGCAGCAGCACACGGCCCUUGCCCUGCACAGUGCCAACACAAACCUUGCUGUCAAUGAGAACCUCCUGUCACAGUACAAGGCAAGAGUAGCAGAGGUGGAGGAGCGCCUUGUCACAGCGGAACGUAGAUUUUUGACACUGAAGCACCACAAGUCUGACCAGGGAGGCUUCAAGACUUCAUGAUGGUGGCCAAGUUCAUUAAUGGUAAGUGUGCUUCCUCUCUCUCUUGUAGUGAGUUGAGUUGGGUGGACUGGUCAUUGGUAGUGUAAAGUAACAAUUUUAGAGACAGAAAUAUGGAGCAAGACAGCUUCUGGCUGAUGCAUGUUUCUUACAUCACAUACUCAUUACAUAAUCAUAAGUAACCAACCUGUCCAUCAUCUACAUUUUGGAUGCCUUCACUAAUCUGGCCUUUGGUGAUCUGAUCCCCCAGACAAAUUGCCUCUUAGGUUGUCUAGCUCCUGAAGUAGCUCAGCUGGGAUCUGGCAGUGUUCUUGACCCAUUUGUCAUCCUGGUAAUUCUACUGUGAGUGUGCUAGUUUGUAGUUUGCUUAUUUAUUUAUUUAUUUAUUUAUUUAUUUAUUAGUGCAUGACCAGCUGUGCUAAUAGUGCAGCACAGUGGUCCAUGAAACUAUCCCUCUCCACCAGGGGUUGAUGGGGCUAAGGGUGUGAAUGGUGUGUGUGUGUGUGUGUGUGUUACUUUCUCAGGGCCACCCUGUGUGGGAUUGCUGUCCUGGUAUAUAUAUAUAUAUAUAUAUAUAUAUAUAUAUAUAUAUAUAUAUAUAUAUAUAUAUAUAUAUAUAUAUAUAUAUAUAUAUAUAUAUAUAUAUAUAUAUAUAUAUAUUGAAUUAAAGAAUUUAUUGUACAGCCACAUCAUAUCACCAUAUUGAUUAUGUAAUAUUAUACAGUACUGUGAAUUGUACUGCAUUUUUGCACAGUAUUAUUGUAUUUGUAUUCUUCUAUAACAUUAUUUUCAUAAUAAUGAUGAAAAUCAGCAUUUCAACUUUUCUUUAUCCUUGAAGUGCUAAAGAAUUUAAUUAUGCUUUAUUUAUGUUAGUAUACAUCAUAUUCUUUAUGUGAUUUGUAAAACAUGUAACUUGUAGGUCUUGCCUCAAUACAUUUUACUUGAAUCAUCGAUUUGUAAUAGCCAAGUAUCUUCCUAUUAACAAAACAUGCAGGCUGAGGUAUUUACCAGUUGUUUAUCUAAUAAUGUGUAUUACUCUGAAAGCUUCCCAUUCUUAAUAUCAUUUCAUUCAGAUAUCCAUCCACCAUCAUCCUUCAUAUCAAUGCCCAUCAUCACCUUAAUGCUUUGCAUUUUCAGUUUUUACAUAUCAGUAAGUAUGAGUAUUUGGGUGAUCUCUUUCUCCAUCAUCAUUCGUGCAUUGCUACUCUACACUCUGUUUCCUUCACUGUUUCCAGCCUUUGGAAACAAUCUUAGGUGUCACUAGUACAAUAACAUACUGCUUGUACCCUAAAAGUGACAAAUGUAAUUUAGUAUCUAUGGGGGUAAAAUAAAAAAAAUAUUGCACAAAGUAUUUUAUUAGAAAGAUUAUUUUGAUCACAAGCUUAUAUGAGAAAAAUAUUACCUUGUAUCUUAAAAGUGUGACGGAUGUACAACCUGGCCAGGUCCUGCGGUAACUGUGCUAGUCACUGGCAUCAAAACAGCACAUAGUACUUGUCACCAGCAGGACACAGAACAUCACAGAGGCAUUUAAUUAAAUAGUGAACACCUUUUUAUUUCAAGCAGAAAAUAUUCAGAAGCUACAUUCUAAUAAUAAUAUUCUUCAGGAAGCCACCAAUAUGUACAAUAAAAAUAAAAAAUAAAGCCUUUAAUUUUAUACAAAACAGAACAAAACAGUUUGCAUGAAAUCUGCCAGUACUAAUCUAAGCAACCACACAGAAUGAAUUCCUGAGGUCAUUAGUAUUUUGUGGUGAUCAGGAAACUGAGAUGGCAAGAUGCCACACACUGAUGACAAUGGCGUAAGGCUGAGGUGGUGAGCAGAAGAGUCGCAGGGAACAACCAAACUUUGAUGGUAUCUGUCAGAACAUCAGGCAAUAACAGAUGUGGAUGCCUACCUUUGAUCUAUUGAAGUAUUGCUAUUAUAUAAAAGUAUCAAGCUGUCAGUGUAUCAGUUCUCUGAGUGAUGGUGGAUCUCUGUAACAGCAGUAAAAGUUAUUCACAUCUCAUAUUAUGAAAAAGUUCCUUUACACAAAAUGUCAAUGACAUUUACAUCAACGCUCAGACAACUGAAGUGAUUAAUGAGAUUUUGUUUGAAAUGCCAAAGAACUUUCUGAUGCAUAUGAUACUUGGCCAGCAUAACUUUUAUAUAUUUCCAUACAAAUUUCCUUUCAGAGGGCGAAUUGGUCAUGUGUAACAAGAGGGUCUAUAAAAAUGUAUGGUGUAGGAAAAAUAAAUACACUAUGUAAACAUAUGUACAGUAGAGCUCUCUUGGAAAAGGCAAUGCAAUAGGCUUUGUAUAAAGUUCAUUAUAUGCUACACAUUUGAACCUUAAUUUAAGUUUUGAAUGCUUUAAAACCAUGUUAGUUCCAUAAUCAUACAACAAAUGUCAUGCAGUGCAAAUUACAUUAAUCUUUGCAUUUGCACUGGGAAAGAAACCGUCUUUCACAGGUGAAAUUAACUUUUCUCCUCUCAUUCCACAAGCCUAGAGUAAGCUAAUCUUCCUAAACCUUUUCUAAGAUUUUAAAAGAGAAUAAAUUAUUAUGUUUAGAUACCAUUUGGUAAAGCAAACAAAGGUCAAAUAUUCUAUCCAAUGUUCUCAAAAUCACUGAUACUGUCAUAUUAAAAACUAGUGAAUCUCCUCACUUUUUUUUUUUUAUUCCCAAGUGCAAAUAACAGCAUAACAUAUUUCAGUGAAAAUUAAUAAUAUGAGAAGCAUCACUGUAUGACAUUUAUUGUUUACACCUGGAUGUACCUCUUCUGUACCAAAAAUUGUAGCAUUUGCCAAGUAAAUCUGCUUACACAGUCUGAUAACUGAAGUAUAAUGUAGCCCUUUCUCCACUGUUCAAGUACUCUUCCAGUGAACUUACUAUUCACUUCCAUGCAUUAGUAUGAUUUCAAGUUAUGAUUCCAAAGUUAAUAAUUAAAACCACACAUAAUUCUACUCCUAUUCUCUCUCUCUCUCUCUCACACACACACACACACACACACACACACACACACACACACACAUACACACACAGAUCUUUCUAGUAUCAGUAUCAAUCUCUUCAUGAAGCUCCUGCAGCACUGUCCAUCACUAGCUUUACAGGGCUUGCUUCAUUAACAAUAAGUGCAAGGAUGGGGACUUGGUUACUUCAGCAAAACUAACACCUUAUUUGAAAUUUGCCAAUUUUGUUAUAAAAAAUAUAAAAUGUAAAGAUCAAUAUGCCACAAUUUUUGGUACCUAUCCUUUGUAACACUUCCACAAAUACAGUAUAACCUGCAUUAUUCAUAUCAUGUUAGUACUUCCUAAACUAUCUGGC